AUGUUUAGUAACCCACCUAACUCGUUCCAGCACGGUUUAUGGUUUCGUUGUGGCGUUACCAGGAUGAUGUUGGUGGUGAACGAAGGCUAAUUAAUUGUACUAAUCCGCUGUCAAUAAAUGAACAACUUCAGGAUAAUGAUACCUUUGUUGUUGAUUCUGAGAAGAAAUCAGUGUCCAUCAAAAGUAACGGAUCCAUUCAUCCGCUCGGAGAAACCAUCGUUUAUGUGGCGCAAUAGUCGAAUGAUAUCAGUCAUGAGAAUGUUUUACAGAAAUUUCCCUUCAAUAUACCGUUGUAGAGAAACUUAUUGUUGUAUUUUUUAG